AGACGUUGCUAUGUCAUGUGAUCUGGCAAUCGUUACAUCACAUCCGUUCGACUGAACGCAAAAUGUCGAAUCCGGAACGGAAGAGUAAAAAACCUUCGAGCAGUGCCUUCAAACAGCAGAGGCUUUCAGCAUGGCAGCCCAUCCUAACUGCUGGAACUGUCCUACCGACGUUCUUCGUAAUCGGUUUAGCAUUUAUUCCCAUUGGUAUUGGCCUUCUGGUGUCAUCCAAUGAGGUUCAAGAGUUCCAGUUUGAUUACACCGAUUGCAAGGAGAAAGGGAGAAAUGUUACCUGUGCAUCCAUUCUUCAGAGCAACAUCAGCCAGACGUGCACCUGCGUGGAAAGGAUAACGCUGUCUGAAGAUUUCAAGUCCGACGUCUACGUUUAUUACGGGCUGACCAACUUCUACCAGAACCACCGACGUUACGUGAAGUCACGCGAUGACACCCAGCUUCUCGGACGCCCGCUCGAGACCAAUCUGGACUGCGAACCUUUUGCCAAGGACCCUAAGACCGGGAAAGUUAUCGCUCCGUGCGGAGCGAUUGCCAACAGCAUAUUCAACGAUACCAUCACGCUGAAGUACAGGCGUAAGGACGAGAACCACCACCCCAGCGACGACUAUUCUUACGUCAACUUGUUGUUCGACAAUAUUGCUUGGCCGACGGACAGGAAGGUCAAGUUCAAGAACCCGCCAGGAAUGAACUUCAACGGGACUGCCAAGCCCCCGAACUGGCCGCUUCCCGCUUCCGAAGUUGGAGGUUUCCAGAACGAGUCCCUCAUUGUCUGGAUGCGAACGGCUGCCCUGCCCACGUUCCGCAAGCUCUACGCCCGCGUUGACCACUCGCGGGAAUACUUCAUCAGCUCUUUGCCCAAGGGGGACUACGACCUCGAAAUUCAAUAUCGCUAUCCCGUGACGGCGUUCAAAGGAACAAAGCGCAUCAUCCUGUCCAAUACGUCUUGGCUCGGAGGUCGGAACCCGUUCUUGGGCAUCGCCUACAUCGCGGUCGGCAGCCUCUGCCUGGCGCUGGCUUUUGUGUUUCUCAUCAUCCACAGCAAAUUCGGCAGGAACACGCACGACCUCGUCAAUAUCACUCAGCGAACCCCCUACUGAAGUCGGCUAGACGUCGGCUGCCGGACAUUCCGCCGAUCUGCCACAGGGCAUCGUGGCAGCACUGUACAUAAAUGACGAUGAUGAUGAUGAUGCGUGUGUCACGAAUCGUGCAACGCCAGAGCCUGUUGUUAUUAUGCGCGAUGAUUACAACUGCCACAUCGUUGUUUACUUGAUUGCUUGGAACAAGUGAUGCACACUUGUCACAGUGCCUGAUAGAAUGAGAUGUAAUAAAUGCUAGUCAUCGAAGGGCAAUGGUUGCACACAUGUGAAACAAAACGUUGCAACGUGCGGCAAAUUUAAGGAGGAUACGUGAAUUGCUUCGUUUAAUUUUAUUGGGGAAGAAAUGAGUAAGGACUUCCUGUGAGGGUCAGUGGUGGGGAAACCUGAAUUUUAAAUCUGUGUGUGUGUGUUAAUUUUGGCUGCCACUUGUAGAUGUUGAUAUUAUUAAAAAUGAAGUGAUAGCGUC